UAGCCACCUAGGCAUUUAAUUUUUAAAUAAACAAAACAAUAAUAAAGAAAGAUGACUUUAAAAGAUGCUCUUUCCCUCUUCUCAUCAGUUCUCUAUCUCAGUCCCUAGAAGUAAGUAAAACCCACAGAGAGAAAAUAUAUAUACACUCAGACAGAUACAUACAUACAUAAUUACUUAAGAAAAGACAUGGAUUUGCAUGAAUCAGAAUCAAGAACACAUGUUAUGUCCAACGAUGGUGAUGAUGGUUAUAUAGACUUGGAAGUCAACCUCUCUUCUUCUUCUUCUUCUUGUCCGUCCUCAAGCUUCUUCAGCUUCAACGUCACCUCUUCGCCGCCGCAAAGCAGAGAGUUCGAGUUCCAAAUGUGCUCCUCCGCCGUAGCUCCCGGCGAAUCAACCACAUCUCCGGCCGACGAGCUUUUCUAUAAAGGUCAACUCCUACCUCUUCAUCUCCCUCCUCGUCUCAAAAUGGUACAAAAGCUUCUUCUCGCUUCCUCCUCCUCCGCCGCGGACGCAACAGAUACUCCCAUAUCUCCACGCGCCGCCGUAUCCUCGCCGCGGAGGUUUAGCAGCAGCGAGAUCGGGCAAGACGAGCAAUGCUACUUCGAGAUUUCGACGGAGCUCAAGAGGUUCAUCGAGAACAACGAGAACCAUCCAGGAAACAGUUGGAGCAAAAAGAUCAAACAGUCAUCGAUUACACAAAAGCUCAAAGCCUCACGCGCUUAUAUAAGAGCUCUGUUCUCGAAACCAGGCUGCUCAGAUUCAUCAGAGAUCAACCCAAGAUUCAAAACUGAACCUUCUAAAACCUCAAGGAAGAAGAACCCAUUUGUGAACAGUGAGAAUACUCACUUGUUUCAUAGAAGAUCGUUCUCAGGCGUGAUACAGAGACAUUCUCAAGCCAAGUGUUCAACUUCUUCUUCUUCCUCUUCCUCUGCGUCGUCGUUGUCUUCUUCGUUCAGUUUUGGAUCAAACGGGUCGUUGGAUCUGCAGACUCUGAUGAGAAACAGCAACGCCAGUGAUAACUCCAUCGAAGGAGCGAUAGAGCAUUGUAAGCAAUCAUUCACAACUAGAAGAAAGAGCAAUGUGGCUGAAUCUGAGCUCUGUUCUUCAAGAACCUCUGUUUCUACUUGCGGUGACCUUGAAAAAGAUUGAGAUUCUCAGAUCUGGUGACGCUCUCUUCUGAUGAUUCUCUCAUUCCAAAAAGGUUACAACAAAAAUUAAAAGGACAUAAAAAAAGCAAAAGUUCAAAAAGAUAACUUUUUUUCUUCU